AGCGAGUGCCCAUGGGCCACUCCCCUUCUACAACUAUAAAAGUGAGGCUUGCAAGCUGGGUACCUCUUCACAGGUCCCGCGCCCCGCCCAGACAGUUUAGCAGCUGUGGGCAGCUCCUGCCUCUGUUCUGUGUUGUAGCCUUCACCAUGGAGCAGUUGAGUACAGCAAAUACCCGGUUCGCGGUGGACCUCUUCCGCACCUUGACUGAGAACAAUCCUACUGGAAACAUCUUCAUCUCUCCCUUAAGCAUUUCGUCAGCACUGGCCAUGAUCUUUCUGGGAGCCAGAGGCACUACUGCGGCACAGGUGUCCAAGAUUUUUUAUUUCGAUACAGUUGAGGAGAUUCAUUCAAGAUUUCAGAGUCUGAAUGCUGAUAUCAACAAGCAUGGAGCUCCCUAUAUUCUGAAACUUGCUAAUAGGUUAUAUGGAGAGAAAACCUAUGAUUUCCUCCCUGAGUUCUUAGCUUCAACUCAGAAAAUGUAUGGUGCUGAACUGGCCAGUGUAGAUUUUCAGCAUGCCUCUGAAGAUGCAAGGAAGGUGAUAAAUAAGUGGGUCAAAGAGCAGACAGAAGGAAAAAUUCCAGAACUGUUGGCUGCGGGUGUGGUUGAUAACAUGACUAAACUUGUGCUGGUGAAUGCCAUCUAUUUCAAAGGAAACUGGCAGGAGAAAUUCAUGAAAAAGGCCACAACCAAUGCAACAUUCAGACUGAAUAAAAAAGACACAAAAACAGUGAAAAUGAUGUAUCAGAAGAAUAAAUUUCCAUAUGGCUACAUCACAGACCUUAAGUGUCGUGUGCUGGAACUGCCUUACCAAGGCAAAGAGCUCAGCAUGGUUAUCCUGCUGCCCGAUGACAUUGAGGAUGAGUCCACAGGUCUGAGGAAGAUCGAGGAACAAUUGACUUCGGAAAAACUGCGCGAGUGGACCAAACCUGAGAGUCUGGCUCUCAUUGAAGUCAAUGUCCACUUGCCCAGGUUCAAGCUGGAGGAGAGCUACAACCUUAACUCUCACCUAGCCCGCCUGGGUGUAGAGGAUCUCUUUACUAGCAAGGCUGAUCUGUCUGGCAUGUCUGGAGCCAGAGAUAUUUUUAUAUCAAAAAUUGUCCACAGGUCUUUUGUGGAAGUGAAUGAGGAGGGUACAGAGGCAGCAGGCGCCACAGCAGGCAUCGCCGCCUUCUGCAUGCUGAUGCCAGAGGAAAAUUUCACGGUCGACCAUCCAUUCAUUUUCUUUAUUCGACACAAUCCCUCGACUAACAUCCUGUUCCUAGGCAGACUUUCUUCUCCUUAGAGACUGUGGAAAUACAAGGCCAUGCUCAAAGAUUUAUUACCUGCACUUUCAAUGGUGACAGUUUUCGUAUAUCUUUAUCAAUAAAACUAUCAUCCAAAAACAAAUCUUUAAUUUCCUUUGUAAGGUCAACUCUGUUGGCUGUUUACACCCAUUAACUUGGGUAUGGGUGUUCAUUUUCCUUUUUAAUGCUGAACUAUUUCAGUGAUUGCUUUUGAAUGCAUGAAUCACACAUGUAGAUUCUUGACAACGUAAUAAGCUAUGAAAUUGCUAUACUCUCCUGAUAGCCAUGGGAAACAUUAUUAUACUGUAGUUUAUUUCAUAGAUAGACUUUUGGAAAUCAUAACAGAGAGACACUGAUUGUUGAAGGGAGGCUUAACAACAGAUUUUCAAUUGAAAUAUAGCGGAGCACUCCAACUGAGAGCCCAGGUUAUGAAGACAAAUUUGCCUUGGCCAAUGUGUCUGACUCUUUGUUCUAUAGGAUUGAUAUUCUAUUACAGCCCCAGUUUUCAAACUAUUAAAGAGCCACCUGGUGAUAA